AUGCUGGAUGGCCAAUCCCAGGUGGUCCUAGAAGGACCCCAAGGGAACCUCUUGCAUUCCCUCGGAUCGGCAAUCAAUUCCCGCAAGCGACAGCCCUUUUGCACUGAUAUCGAGGGCUGGGGCCCCAUCAGCUCAUCGAGAUUCGACCUGACGCCAUGCUUCCUUGACGUGAUUGUGGCGGUAGUGGCUGUCUGGGGUACGCUGAGCGGACUAGGUGCCUUGUGGUUUUUGCUGAGGAAGCGGAUUCCGCAGCCGGUAGCAAAGAACUGGCAUUUCUACACCAAGUUGGUUGUACUUGCUGCCCUUGUCUUUGUGACCGCCCUUCAAGCUGCGAUCCAGGUUGAAACGCAACCAAACGCCUUCUGGGCCGACUUCCAGUUCUGGUCCUCGAUCUUAACCAUCGUCUCGCUAGGAGUGAUUACUUCUGUACAAUACAUUGAGCAUUGGCGGAGCAGACAGCCCAACGGAGUUGUUCUGUUCUACUGGCUCUUCUUCAUUAUCGCAUAUGCCGUUAAGCUGCGCUCUCUGGUCGCGCGCGAAGCCUUUAUCGAUCAACUCCCAUACUUUGUUUGCAUCAAUGUGAGCUUGGGCCUGGCACUGCUUGAGUUGGUGCUGGAAUACUUCGUGCCCAAGAAGCAGAGUGCAUAUGAUGCUCUGGGAGACGAGGAUGAGUGUCCUUACAACUAUGCUGAUAUUUUCUCGGUCCUCACCUUCAGCUGGAUGACUCCAAUGAUGAAAUAUGGAUACAAGAAUUACCUGACCCAAGAUGAUUUGUGGAAUCUCCGCAGUCGCGAUACCACCCGAGUCACGGGCGAUGCUCUGAAGGAGGCAUGGGAUCAAGAGCUUCAAAGCAAGAACCCAUCCUUGUGGAUGGCAUUGUUCAAGGCCUUCGGUGGACCUUACUUCCGCGGUGCGAUCAUCAAAUCCGGAAGUGACUGCCUUGCUUUUGUCCAGCCGCAACUCUUGCGACUUCUCAUUUCCUUCGUUGACUCCUAUCGUUACCCUGACCCUCAGCCGGUCAUUAGGGGUGUCGCCAUCGCCUUGACCAUGUUUGUCGUUUCUGUUUGCCAGACCAGCUGCCUGCAUCAGUACUUCCAACGUGCCUUUGAUACUGGUAUGAGAGUCAAAUCGGCCUUGACCGCUAUGAUCUAUGCAAAGUCCUUGAAACUAUCAAACGAAGGCCGGCUGACAAAGACAACUGGUGACAUUGUCAACCACAUGGCUGUUGAUCAACAGCGCCUUUCGGACUUGACACAAUUUGGUACACAACUGUUGUCUGCGCCUUUCCAAAUUACGCUUUGCAUGCUAUCUCUGUACCAGCUCGUUGGACCUAGCAUGUUUGCCGGUGUCGGAGUAAUGAUUUUGAUGAUUCCUCUGAAUGGUGUCAUUGCGCGCAUGAUGAAGAAGCUGCAGAUUGUUCAAAUGAAGAACAAGGAUUCGAGAACCCGACUCAUGACUGAGAUUCUGAACAAUAUCAAGAGCAUCAAGUUGUACGCCUGGAACACGGCGUUUAUGAACAAGCUCAGCCAUAUUCGGAAUGACCUCGAGCUUAACACCCUGCGCAAGAUCGGAGCCACACAAUCUGUUGCAAACUUCACCUGGCAAUCUACUCCUUUCCUCGUCUCAUGCUCCACAUUCACUGUUUUCGUCUUGACAAGCGACAAGCCUUUGACUACUGAGAUUGUGUUCCCAGCUUUGACCCUCUUCAACUUGCUCACCUUCCCGCUCUCUAUCCUUCCCAUGGUGAUUACAUCUAUUAUUGAAUCAUCCGUCGCCGUGAAGCGACUGAUGGACUACUUUACUGCGGAGGAGCUGCAGACCGAUGCUGUCUCCUUCCAAGACCCCGUGGCACACAUGGGUGACGAGUCUAUUCGUGUCCGUGAUGCCUCGUUUACCUGGAACCGCCAUAGUGGUUCCACCGUGCUGGACAACAUCGACUUCAGUGCGCGCAAGGGUGAGCUCAGCUGUAUCGUUGGGCGAGUCGGCGCUGGAAAGUCUUCUCUCCUCCAGUCGCUGUUAGGUGAUCUCUGGAAGACGCAGGGUGAAGUAGUGGUACGUGGUCGCAUCGCAUACGUCGCCCAAGCUCCUUGGGUCAUGAAUGCUAGCGUCCGGGAAAACAUUGUGUUCGGGCAUCGUUGGGAUCCAGCUUUCUAUGACAUGACCGUGGAAGCAUGCGCUCUCCUUGAUGAUUUCAAGAACUUGCCCGAUGGUGAUCAGACGGAAGUCGGAGAGCGUGGAAUUUCGCUUUCCGGAGGACAAAAAGCACGUCUGACACUCGCCCGAGCAGUGUAUGCCCGUGCCGAUAUUUAUCUUCUGGACGAUGUUCUAUCCGCAGUUGAUCAGCAUGUUGGACGUCACAUCAUCAACAAGGUUCUCGGAAAGACUGGUCUCCUCAGUGGCAAGACGAGAAUUCUUGCUACCAAUGCGAUUACUGUCCUCAAGGAGGCAGAUUUCAUUGGCUUGCUCCGUGAUAAGACCAUUAUUGAAAAGGGAACAUACGAUCAACUCAUGGCUAUGAAAGGCGAGAUUUCUAACCUCGUACGUACAAACAUGGUGGACUCGGAUGACGAAGGCACUGCCAGCGGCUCUGAUGAUCUUACCAGCGUCGAGAGCUCAGUCGAGACUGCUAUCAUUCAAACUGGCGGCGACUCUGAUGCCGAGGAGACAGAGCAACCCGGUGAUCUCGUCCCUAUCAAGGCAGCUGGCGAAGCCCGGCGACGCACUAGCACAGUAACAUUGCGCCGCGCAAGCACUGUGAGCUGGCAAGGUCCCCGGCGCAAGCUAGGAGACGAAGAGAAUGUUCUCAAGAGCAAGCAAACACAGGAAACUUCCGAGCAAGGCAAGGUAAAAUGGAGUGUUUACGGCCAAUACGCGAAGGACAGCAACAUCGUCGCUGUCGGAUUCUACUUGUUCGCCAUGUUGGCUGCCCAGACUGCUCAGGUCGUCGGCAACUACUGGUUGAAGUACUGGACUGAGUGGAAUGAGAAGCAUGGAAGCAAUGCCCAAGUUGGCAAGUUCAUCGGUGUCUACUUGGCGCUCGGUUUGGGCUCGUCUCUUCUGGUCAUUUUCCAAAACUUGAUCCUGUGGAUUUUCUGUUCAAUUGAAGCGUCUCGCAAACUUCAUGAGCGCAUGGCAUUUGCCAUCUUCCGCUCUCCCAUGAGCUUCUUUGAAACCACACCGUCUGGCCGUAUUCUCAACCGCUUCUCAAGUGAUAUCUACCGUGUCGAUGAAGUACUCGCCCGUACCUUCAACAUGCUGUUCGCCAACUCUGCUCGUGCUAUCUUCACCAUGGUCGUCAUUUCCACCGGAACCCCUGCUUUCUUGUUGUUUGUCAUUCCUCUGAGCUACAUCUAUCUCAGCUACCAGAAGUACUAUUUGAGAACUUCGCGCGAGUUGAAGCGUCUCGAUAGUGUUACUCGAAGCCCAAUCUUCGCACACUUCCAGGAGUCCCUGGGCGGCAUUUCCACCAUUCGUGCCUAUCGCCAAGAAAACCGGUUUACUCUUGAAAAUGAAUGGCGUAUGGACGCUAACCUACGGGCUUAUUUCCCGUCCAUCAGUGCUAAUCGCUGGCUCGCCGUUCGUCUGGAGUUCAUCGGCUCGAUCAUUAUUCUGGCAUCUGCUGGACUUGCCAUCACGUCCGUUGCCAGUGGCAGCCUGCUUUCCUCUGGUAUGGUCGGUCUGGCCAUGUCAUAUGCUCUCCAAAUCACGCAGUCGCUGAACUGGAUUGUUCGCCAGACCGUUGAGGUUGAGACUAACAUUGUCUCUGUCGAGCGUGUGCUCGAGUAUGCCAAUCUCCCCAGUGAGGCACCCGAGGUGAUCUUCAAGCGCCGUCCUGCUAUCGGCUGGCCGGCUCAAGGUGCUGUUUCAUUCAAUGACUACAGCACCCGCUACCGCCCCGGGCUCGACCUUGUGCUCAAGGAUAUCAACCUCGAUAUCAAGCCGCAUGAGAAGAUCGGUGUCGUUGGCCGUACUGGUGCUGGAAAGAGUUCGCUUACACUGGCACUCUUCCGUAUCAUUGAAGGUGUCAACGGCAAUAUCAGCAUUGAUGGUCUUGAUGUCUCUACAAUUGGUCUGUUCGACCUUCGUGGUCGUCUUGCUAUCAUUCCUCAGGAUCCUGCCAUGUUCGAAGGCACCCUGCGCGACAAUUUGGAUCCUCGUCAUGUCCAUGAUGAUACUGAGCUCUGGAGUGUUUUAGAUCACGCAAGACUAAAGGAUCAUGUCUCUGGAAUGGAGGGACAGCUGGAUACCCAGAUCCAGGAAGGAGGCUCCAACUUGAGUCAAGGCCAGCGCCAGCUGGUGUCUCUCGCACGCGCACUGUUAACCCCCAGCAACAUCCUUGUUCUGGACGAGGCAACCGCCGCGGUUGACGUGGAGACUGAUGCACACCUGCAACGCACCCUGCGCAGCAGCAUCUUCCAGGACCGAACCAUCAUCACGAUCGCGCACCGUAUCAACACGAUCAUCGACUCCGAUCGCAUUGUCGUUCUAGACAAGGGCCGUGUGGCUGAGUUCGACACACCCGCUGAGUUGAUCAAGCGUGGCGGCAAAUUCUACGAACUCGCUAAGGAGGCCGGCCUGCUUGACAACGACGGUGCCAUUGCCUCUCAAGCCGCGUAG